UGUGCACAUUUUACUCUGAUUUAACUCUAUAUAGUCGUAUAGCGUGUGUUGCUUUUGUGAAUCAUAUCAACAAUGGAACAAACGUUUUUAUAUUAUUUGUACUGCGAUUGUUUCAGUUUCAUUUAUUUACUCGUACCAGCCAAACUUUAUCAUUUUACGUGUCCUUGUGUGCUAGCUUGUGAAAGCUUGUUAUUCAAAGUUUUGAUUCAUUUUUUCACGUAAAAGACACACGAUUCCUUGCUAACUCGAUUCAAUAGAACAGCCACCCACACGAACGUACAAAUGUUACCAUGGAUAUUGUUUCUGCAAAUUAUCCCAGCUGCAUAUUGCCACAACAGUUAUUGGAAUAUUAAUAAUAAAUUCGAUUGGAACUAUCAUUGUGCUGAUACAACUUCAUUAUGUGAUGAACGGGCACAAUGCGGUUAUGAAGAAAAUUGCCAGAAUUGCAAUGCAACAGAAGCAUUUCACUGUAGAAACAAUCGGUGCAUACCAAAAUAUUUACAAUGCGAUGGAUAUGAUGAUUGUUGGGACGGAUCCGAUGAGUGGAAGUGUAUGGGUAAUGAAACUCGGUUCGACGAACACAAAUACAAUGUUCAGACAGGGAUUCGUUGGAUCGAUGAAUUAAGACAGAAAAUUAGCAAUUUCUCCGAUGAAAUGGAUUUCAAUGGGAAUUCUGUUAUUGACAUGAUAGCGUUCAGAACGGAUCGUUCGCAUCAAGCUCUUGAUGCACGAACAGUCAUCUACGAACAUAUGAGGAAAGUGCUGUUUUACAUACCCGGGCUGAUGACUUCAGAUUUCAGUGAUGGAAUAAGAAUGAAGAAUGCUUUGGUGGAUGGAACUGAUGAUGUGGACUGUGUAGUGCUAGUUGAUUGGAGACUGGGUUCAUUUAGUGAGCAUGAGUGGCAACAACAAACGGGUUACAAGAGUUACAGUUUCGUUGUAGUGAACAACGUUCCGGUGGUGUCGCAUUACUUAGCCUCGUUCAUUAAUCACAAAAUUCCCAAACAUGUUCAAGUACACCUCGUCGGAUUCAGCCUCGGUGGACACAUAGCUGGGCUUGCAGCACGUACACUGACAAAGAGAACCGAGCGAAUAAUCGAAAGGAUUUCAGCCAUUGAUCCAACUGGUGGUAUCUUUGAAUAUUCUUUGGGAUCAAUUGAUGCAGACACAACACAUACUCUACGGAAAACAGAUGCUACAUUCGUAGAUGUAAUCCACGGAAGUCCGAAUCUGGGAAUGACAAAACAAACCGGAGAUAUUGACUUUUAUGUGCACGAAAUUGAUUGUUUGACUUCGAUGUGUUUACACCACAAAGCCUUAGACGUUUACGUAGCGUCCAUAACAAAUUGCUCUCAGAUAACUUGUCCGGAGCAAAAGCGAAAUGGCAAUAGGUGCAACGUGGACGAAGCCGCCGAGUUGCCCAGUUUGGGCUAUUUGGCGAACCUGUACGAUGGUCGGGGUAGACAUUCGGUUCUGUUUUUUGUGUACGGAUUUUCACAGACGCAAAAACUAUCGACCGGACUUUGUUCCGCCACGUUCAAUGUUAAUUUACCGGCAAAAUUUAGAAUUUGUCAAAGACCACCAUCAGUCACGAGUGACUGUAGAUUGAAACCAUAUCUGUCGACGUGCAAGGAAAAGUGUGACAGUCGUACGUCGGCAAAAUCUACGUGCGUAACUGAUGGACAGUCGAAGGUCAUUUGGAGUGGACGAAAGUGUUUGCGACCGGUUUCUUGUUUGAAUGAAGAUGGAAUGCAGGUAGACUACUUCAUAGCAUAUAAACUACCGAACAGUUUCGACUAUAUGUACACGUUCCGGUCGCCACAUCUCGAUUCUAUCGAAUGGAAGAAGGGAUCACAUCCUGUUUCCUCUAUGAAGUCAGCCCUUGGUUUGACAUUGAGUCCAAUUUAUGAACAGGUUGAACCAAUAACCUUUAUUGCUUGGAACGACAAUGUGCCGUUCGAUUUAAAACAGCCCAAAGUCUACAACACCAACACCAUCGAUCCGUUCUUCAAUGGUUUUUCCAAGGGAGUCGCAGCGUAUACAAAAAGGGGCGGAUUUUUGCUCUCUCACUCUGUACCACGAUAUCCAGCCAAUCCGGCCUAUGUUUCACAUUACAAAUAUCCGGAUAGCGGUAAACGCAAUGCACAAAUGGCCAUCUGUAUAACAUCCAAAAGACAUGACUCCGCAGACGAAGUGGUGAACGAAGUCGAAACUUUGUUGGAUUUAAUGGUCCAUUUUAAACCGCAAGUGUAUGCGUCGAACAUUCUUGGCCAUUGGCCACGGUCUUUACAAAAUCAGUUUGAGAGGAUCAUUCAUCCGAACAAUGUUCGAUUGGACUUACCAGUUGCAUCACACAUGGUUUAUGGAAGAAGUCCUGUUACCAUACACACAUUUGGUCGAUCUAAAACAGCUACUUUCAAGGACAUUUUCAACGUAUUAGCUGAACACUACAAAGCGCCAAUGGUUGUCCGGACCACAUUGGAUCCUAACAGUCCACUUCGGUCCGUUUGCCAUUUCCAGUAUUCGGUGGAAAAUGUCGAACAGAUAAGAAUCUGGAAAUUACAUGGCAUCGAGUGGUUGGAAUGGAGUCGAACCGAAGAUCAUUCCAAAUGGAUGGUAUCAAAGUUGCACGAAAGACCAAUUGUGUGCGUCGGCGAUUUGGAUAGAACACGAACGGCUAUGCAGAGGGGCGGUAUGUUCGUUUGUAUUGAAGAUAAGCAAUUUUUUAAGACAUUCAGCGAGAGAGUCACUUAUCGGUUAGACGAUUGUGAUGGGAAAAAGAGGAAUUGACUCGGAGAAAGUUUGCUUUUGUAAUAAAAUAUUGUCGGGGUAACGCUUUACGGUAACCACUAAAAACGUAUACGAUAAAACAAUCCAAACAUUCGCAGUCUACCCAAUUUGUAACACAAACACCGAAGUGCUGUGAACUCAACUUUCCCAUGAUUUACACUAAAUCCAUUUAAUUUUCGUCCCAACAUUUACCUAGCACUAACAGCAAAGUUCCGAAUUGGGUUACACCCCGCCAAAAAUUUAAUUUUUCCGAAUUACUUAUGGCAAUCAUAUAAAACGAGAGAAGCAAUAAAUUCAAUCUCAUUCUCCUAAACUGCUCCAAACGCAAAAACCAAAAUCCACAGAGAGAUGUGCUCAGAAAAUUGCUCACAUCAUUUUACUACACACACAGUAGUAUACGGUAAUGAUAAUAAAAUAAACAAGAAAAAGAACGGGAGCGGCGAAAACUUUUAUACGGCUGUGUGCAUUUCCGUAAUGUUAGUUUUCAACAAAUUUUGGUAAUAAUAAAAUUUUGAGGAACAUACGUGUGGGGUAUGAUGUGUGCUGAGGAUAGCACAAGUGUUAUAUGAAACAACUCUGUUAAGUGAAACGUUACCGGGUUAGUUGUGACGCUAUUAAUGAGCAUGUUGCAGGGUAUAUUAUUAUCAUAAUUUUCACAUUCAUAUUCUCACGUUUUCUCCUUGUUACA